AUGGAUUACUCUACGGGGCAGUAUAGCGAUAUUUGGUCCUACAAGUACACGAGCUCGGUUUCAAAGGAGUGGUCACGAUUAGCCGCUGAUGGUGUAAACAGCCGAUUUUACGUGGAGCAAUUCAACGAAAACAUUAGGAGUAUAGAAGACGUGCUGCAGGGCCUCACGACAGUCAUCCAGCGCAGUGACUACGACACGUCUUCCUCUGAGUUCUCCAGCGACGCGGAGUUCGCCGUCUCUAACACCACGCAGGGGAACACAUCGGUAGGCAACGCUCAAGACCUGCUCCCGGGUAGUGCUGUAGAGGCGGGCACGGUGUCGCAAGCACGGAAAUAUGCAGAGGCGUAUCCGAUGUACCGGCGCAUGCCGGCGCCUGCGGGCGUAAGCGGAGGGGCGGCGGCAAUAGUGCCGGAAGGGUCGCGGUUCUUCGUGAUCAAGUCGUUCAACCUGGAAAACAUCAAGGCCUCAUUCAAGCACGGGGUGUGGACAUCUACGAAGCGCGGCAACAAGCGGCUCUCCAAGGCGUACGUGGGGCUGCCGGCAGGGGCGCGCAUUUUCCUGUUCUUCAGCGUCAACAAGUCGGGCAAAUUUUGUGGCGUCGCGGAGAUGAAGUCGAACAUUCUACAGGGCGACUCGCGGAAUAAAAUUUGGCAGUGUGAGGCCGGGCACCAGUUCAACGACCUCUUCCUCGUCGAGUGGACCUGUGUGUGCGAUGUGCACAACCGGCUGCUGAAACACUUCAACAUAAUGGACACUGAGGGCAGCUUCAAACCCGUAACACACGCGCGCGAUGCCGACGAAGUCGACAUCGAAAUUGGACGCACGAUCCUGAAGCUUUUCACGAAUACCAAGAAAAAUAGGUCAUCUUUCCUUGAGGAUUAA